AAAAAAGCCAACAACGCGUAAAUAAUUAAAGUCGUGAUAAUGAAUCUUCUUCUUCUUCUUCUUCCAAAUUCUCUUUAUCACUUGUACUUUUUCUACACACUCACACUCUCUCACACUCAUCGCCACCAUGUCCUCGCUAAGAUGUACCAAUGAAGAAUACCAUUACCCUCGACGACGAUGUACUAGUAGUAAAAGCAACAACGCUCACCCACACCGUCACCAUCAAAUGCCUUCCCUUUCAUCCUCCAUAUCAUCAUGUUCCACCUCCUCUUCUGCAACGGAUAGCCGCAAUCUGCGCAGAGAACAGCAACUGAUCCAUGAUCGAUACGCACAUAAUCAGCAACAGCACCAUACAUCUCACAACCUCGAGCGAUCUCGCUCGGCAGGAAGCAGCUACUAUUAUUAUCGUGCAGGAGCAGGACUCAGAAGAACAAGCAGCAAGAUGACGAGAGACCAAUACGGGAAUGGUCAAGACUGGGAUAAUAUUCUACAAUUGUCCAAGUGCCGGUCAUGUCCUGCCAGACAUCAACAGCACCAGCACCAGCAGCCAGAAAAACAGCCGCAACAACGUCCACGGUCGCAGCAAGAGCAGCCAAACCCGAGGCGAGUGUCAUUUAAUCAACAGGUCGUCGUGAUCACGCCCACAUUGCUGCCAACAGAAGAGAGUCCGUAUCUUUUAUCUGCAUUGUUCGAUGAGCAAACACAGCAGCAUUCAGGUCACACAAAUAAGAACAGCCAUUGUCUAGUUACAACAACGCCGACACUCUAUGCACAUGCAAGAGAUGACGGUGACUUUGACGACGACACCCAGCAGCAGCAGCAGCAUCAUAACGCCAGCAACUGGUGGUGGGACGAAUCACAAUUGGCUGUAGAACUAGCCGACGAUACAACCGACCCUAGCGACAUUGCAUGGUACAAGCGAAUCGUAUACCACGACACCAAGUUAUUACCUUGUCUAGACAACAUGAUGCGCCGCCGGUCAUCCAGUACCACCACCACUACUACUACUACUACUACUGCGAACACCUCUAAUUGCGGCAGUAGUGCUAGUGAUAAAUGGUGGUCUCGGCGUGUCUCAGAAGAUAACAAUCCUCCUGCAGCCCGUGAUGCGACUGUCAUGCCAUUGAAAUUGACUGGCGGUGGCCGCGUUGCUGUCGGUGCUGGCCGUCGUGGUGGCACCACCAAUGCCUCUACUACCACCCAAUCCUCCCCCUCCUUCCCCACUUCUACCUCUUCAUCAUCACCAUCUACUGACCUCCAAUCACAUUGCACAAACCCUAAACGACGACGCCCCUGUUUACAAAAAUUCACCCGGUCUAUCAAAAAAUUAGUGAUGGGAUUUGUACUAUAGUAUACAUAUACACCCACUCGUAAAUACGAGUAACUUAAUCUUUUUUAUAAUAGUAGACAUUAUAUAUAAUGCACAAUUAAUCUGUAUAAAUCAAGAAGAAGAACGUACUUUACACGUCACAUCAAACAACAAAGUCGUCCUGCUCUCAGUAGACAGCAUGAAUGUUUUUGUUUUGGCUGCAAAAGAAGCUCAAGCAUACCCUAAUCCCUUGGGCUUGUUUUUUAUUUCCGAUCUGAUGGAAGGUUCUCUUGGUCUCCAUACUGAUAAGCUCUCUUUCUUCACCAAACUACAUUCUCUCAUUUCUCUUAAAACAACCCCCCCAAAUAAAGAAACGGACUUGAACAGCAC